UUAUUAUGGCUGUUGUUUAUUUGUCUGUGUAGUAAUGUGAAUUUAUAUGUAUGUCUGUGCAUGCUUGCAUGUGAUCUCUGUAGUUGUGUCCAUCUCCCUCAUUCCCUCCAUAUCCAUCCAUGCACAGCAUGAUAUAAACAAACCUGCCUCUGGACAUGUCAUGGCUUAAAAUAGAUGUUCAUACAUCAGCCUUUCCACAGCAGCGGCAGCAGCAGCAGCAGGAAGACAUGGCCGACUGGAUCUGACUACAACACUCAGUUUGAGCCGAGAAAUCACAGCCCUCACAAAGGACCGUGGGUGGCAGCAGCAGCAGAAGUGACCUCCAGGCCACUCUCCGGCCUUCACGAACCCACAGGUAUGCCUUGUGGGUCUCGGCAGCUCCAAUGGCUUUCCUGUCCAGGUUCUCCAGGAAUGGCACCAAGUCACCAAGCCGGGGCUCGCGGGAAGAGCGCAACAACCACCCCAUCCUCAGCGUCUUUGAGCUUGAAAGGUUGCUGUACACAGGAAAGACAGCCUGUAAUCAUGCUGAUGAGGUCUGGCCAGGACUCUACCUGGGAGAUCAAGAUAUAGCAGCUAACCGGCGUGAGCUGGCUCACCUGCGGAUCACCCACAUCCUCAAUGCCUCGCACAGCAAGUGGAGAGGGGGUGCUGAGUACUAUGAGGGCACGGGCAUCCGCUACCUGGGCAUUGAGGCCCAUGACUCGCCUUCCUUUGACAUGAGCCCCUACUUCUAUCCUGCAGCUGACUUCAUCCACCAGGCGCUGAAUGAAGGGUGCUUCUGCAGUCUGGGGCUGAUUUAUACCAAUAAAUCGUGCACGAUGCCUCCCAUCACUUUCCAAGACCUGCCGCUGAACAUCUACAUGGUCAUUUUUGGCACCGGCAUCUUCGUCUUCGUGCUCAGCCUCAUCUUCUGCUGCUACUUCAUCAGCAAACUUCGGCAUCAGGCUCAGAGUGAAAGAUUCGGAUACAAGGAGGUGGUGUUGAAAGGCGAUGCCAGGAAGCUGAACGUGCACGGGCAGACCUGUGCUGUGUGCCUGGAGGAUUUCAGAGUGCGAGAGGAGCUGGGCGUGCUGCCGUGCCAGCACGCCUUCCACCGAAAGUAA